AUGACCAAGGUGAAGGUGGGGAUGGACGAUCCGUCGUCUGUGGAGUUUGUGGAGAGGAGGAGAGCAGCUCUGGAGAGGUACCUCCAGAGAAUAGUGAGCCACCCCACGCUGCUGCAGGACCCUGAUGUGAGAGAGUUCCUGGAGAGAGAAGAGCUGCCCAGAGCCGUGAACACUCAGGCCCUCAGUGGAGCAGGAUUCCUCAAAAUGAUCAACAAAGCUUCAGACGCAGUCAACAAGAUGACCAUCAAGAUGAACGAGGCCGACACCUGGUUUGAAGACAAGUUCCAGGAGGUGGAGAACGAGGAGCAGCAGCUGAGGAAGCUCAGUGCUGUAGUGGACUCUCUGGUCAAUCACCGCAAAGAGCUCUGCAUGAACACGGCGCUGUUUGCUAAGAGCAUGGCGAUGUUGGGGAACUCUGAGGACAACACGGCGCUGUCGCGGGCGCUGUCUCAGCUCGCCGAGGUCGAGGACAAGAUGGAGGCGCUGCACCAGGAGCAGGCCGCCAACGACUUCUUUGUCCUGGGGGAGCUGCUUUGUGACUACAUCCGCCUGGUGGGGGCCGUGAGGGCCUAUCAGUGCGGAGUCCCCAGUAACGAGAACCACCUGCUCGUCAUCGUCAUCAUCUCGGUCGGAGCCUUCACCAUCAUCGUAGUCAUCGUCGGAGCCUUCCUCUGUACCAGACGCACCAACUCACACCAGAAGAAGUAA